GACAAGAAAGUAGCCAAAAAGGUUGGGCGACGUGCCCACCUCAAAGUUCACUCUUACUUAUAAGUUGGUCACUUUGGACUGUGAUCAUGACGGAGAUGGGGAAGCUUCUCGUUGUCUGUGCUCCAGAAUCAUACGCACAUAAUUCUUCCUUCUUAUUCUAUACAUUCAUAUCAUAUUUGAGAGAAGGAAUCGCUUCUGGGAUUCCAAAAGGAGAGCCAAAAAAAAAAAAAAAAAGAUGUUGGAAGGAAAAGCUAGGAUAAGGGAAACAGACAUGGCAGAGAAUAUGCAGAUUCAAGCCAUGGCUUGUGCUUCUCAGGCCCUUGAUCUCUAUGAUGUGUUCGAUUGCAUCUCAAUUGCUGCCCAUGUCAAGAAGGAGUUUGAUAAGAUGUAUGGGAGUGGAUGGCAAUGUGUGGUGGGUUCGAAUUUUGGAAGCUUCUUCACUCAUACACCUGGGACUUUCAUCUAUUUUGCACUGGAGACCCUCAAUUUCCUUAUCUUCAAGGGAGCCUCUUCUUAAAAUUAUAUGUACAUACAUAAAUGUUUGAUGUCUUUGUUUGUAUGUGUGUGUGUGUGUGAGAGAGAGAGAGAGAGAGAGAGACCAACAUUAUAUUGUGGCUCUCGAUUCUUCUUCCGCUCUCAGAUGAUGUACGAUACGAUGAUAGAUAGACCGGUAGUUGAAACAGUCCUUAUCCUCUCAAUGAUUGCAGCUUCUCUGCGCUCCAAAUAUGCCUCUGCAGUUUAACUAGAAAAAAUUAGUUUAUAACUA